AUGUUAAAGUUUCCACCGCCCUGUGAUAAAGUUCUUCCACAUGAUAUUAAUUUGGAAAAAAUACCUCGUAUUAAUGUACAAAAUGACAUCUGUGAUAGAGUGGUUGGUUCUCUCGUAGGUCUUGCUAUUGGUGAUGCUCUUGGAGCUAGUGUAGAAUUUCGUCCACAACAAUAUCUUGCUGUUAAUCCAGUUCGUACGAUGGAAGGGGGAGGUACAUGGGGCCUUGAAGCAGGAAAAUGGACGGAUGAUACAUCAAUGGCAUUAUGCCUGGCUUCGUCAUUAAUUACUCAUAAUAGUUUCAAUCCUUAUGAUCAAAUGAUUCGUUAUAAAUGGUGGCACAAAUAUGGAUAUUUUUCAUCAACAGGACGUUGCUUCGAUAUUGGACAGGCAACACGUCAAUCUCUUAAAGAAUUUUCUGAUCGUCAGAAAAUUCUCAAGAUACACUAUCGUUGUCGAAGCGAGAACGAAGUCGAUACAUUAACACUGGAUUCUGUUGAGCGCAUCAACAAUUUUAACAUCUAUUGUGGUGAUAAAGAUGCUGCUGGUAAUGGAGCUCUUAUGCGUCUUGCUCCUGUGCCAUUAUUCUUUUAUAAAACACCGAAAAAUGCAAUUGAAAAUGCUGGUCUUAGUGCUGAUCUCACGCAUGCAAAUAGAAAAGCAAUUGAUGCAUGUCGUUAUUAUGCAGCAUUGAUUAUUGGUGCAGUCAAUGGCUUCUCGAAAGAAAAACUACUUGAUAACGAUUUUUAUCAAAAACAAAAAUUAUGGUUCGGUGAGAAACCUCUCGAUAAUGAUAUUUUAAAUAUUUGUGCAGGAUCAUAUAAGAAAGAUAAAAAUAGGGGUGGAUACGAACAGGGUAUUCGAGGUAAAGGUUAUAUUGUUAGUGCUCUAGAAGCUGCUUUAUGGGCUUUCUGGUCUGAUGGUGAUUCGUUCGAAAAAGGUGCUCUUGCUGCUGUUAACCUUGGUGAUGAUACCGAUACAACAGCAGCUAUUUACGGUCAACUAGCCGGAGCCUAUUAUGGAUAUAAAAAUAUUCCAAAAGAAUGGUUAGAAAAGCUUUAUGCUCGUGAUUUAAUAAUUUCUAUGGGUGAAUGGCUUUACUUUCAAGGAAGUCAAAUUACAUCGAGUCACUCUAAAAAUGAAAAUGUUUCUCCAACAACGACAUCAAACGAUAAUGCAAAAUUAUCAGAGAAAAAAAUUCAGCGAACUAUUAGUGCAGCAGCAACAGCUCAGUCAAGUUCUUCUGAGACUAAUGCAAUUAAUAAUCAAUCUGAAAAUGCGAAGAGAAAUUCUAAGACUCGAAUCGCCGAUACUCAUUCUUCUCCCUCUUCAGAUAAAACCAACAAUACUUCUAUCAAUCGUAUUUCACUGCCUAGUGAUGCUCAUGUUCAAUCGUCUAGUUCGAAAUCAUUCACGGAAAAUUCUGAACAUGAUGAUCUUAAUUUAGCAUAUAGACCUUCAUUUUAUCGCACAGAGAAAAGUAUGUUUGACGAUGAUUCCUAG